AUUUGUGGUUAUUUGGCACAGUCAGCCCCUUGUGCGAGCACCGCGGGUUGUCCAAGUGUCGAGAUUCGAGAUAAACGUCAGCCUGGGAAUCAGUGUAAAGUCGGGCAUAACUCCAAGUUUACGCUUCUUGGUCUGGUGACUGAACCCCUUUCAAACCUCGAGCAGUGGUUAACCUUUACGACGCCUGAGCUGGCACCCAGCACCAUUGCCACUAUGAGCUUCAACCUGGAAGAUCUCGAAGGCCCCAUUAUGCGCAUCCUGACUGCUCCAGGUGUUGAUUUGAGCACCAUCAGUGCGAAGGGAGUUCGACAGAAAUUAUUGGAGGACGUCGCGUUGGGCCUGACCGCUCGAGGACUGAAGGAACGGAGGACAGAAGUGGACACUAUGAUUUCGACUAUCUAUGAGGUGGUUAGUCGGCAGGCACAGACAGACGAAUCGAAGAGGAAACGGGAGGAAGAGACAGACGAAGGCACGGAACAGGAUAACCAAGGGGAAGAUACGGAGGACCAAUAUGAUGCUGUAGAGGAGCAAGCAUCGGAAGAGGAGGAUGUCAAAGUGCCAACGAAGAAAAAGAAGGGCGUGAAAAGCGUCGAGGAGGCCGAUGCUGAGUUGGCCAGAAAGCUUGCAUCGGAGCUCAACUCCCGGUCGCGGCGUGGCGCAUCAAACGGUGUAUCUGCUACGCCCAAAAAGCGUAAGACGAAGAAGAGUGCGGCUAUAGUCGAUUCUGGUGCUGAGGAUGAGGGUGAAGAUGACGAGAAGCCAAAGAAGAAACGCAGUGGAGGUGCAAGAGGGGGUUUCGCGAAGGAAUAUAUUCUCAGCGAACCUCUAUCGGUGGUUGUUGGCGUGGACAAACUCUCGCGCCCCCAAGUCGUGAAGAGAUUAUGGGAGUACAUUCGUGGCCAUGAACUUCAAAACCCUUCCAAUAGACGUGAGAUCAUGUGCGACGACAACAUGCGAGCUGUUUUCGGUACUGAAAAGGUUGACAUGUUCCGGAUGAACAAAGUUCUCGGACGGCAUCUACAUGCCCAGUGAGAACGCUGGGGAGAGGUAUACCAAGCCAACGUGUUGUUAGUUCUAGUGGUUACCGGCAUGGAUAAUUUAUGGGUUGCAGUCAGCCUCGUGUGUUCGCAGUUGGACCAAUCCGAAGCAACA